GACGUAGACAGAGGCCGUUUCCGUAGCAACUGUGGCCGGUCCGUUACCCGCAGCGGUCGCUGUUCAGAUCAGAUCCGAUCAGUGAGCGGAGCGGAGCGUUUUUCUCGUCCGUUACCGGGAUUCCACCUCUGGGUUGCGGGGUGUCGAGACACGGGGGCGGCGCAGUAUCGAGGUGGGGAGCCCGCAGGUCCGUGCGGAGAUGCUGAACAUGUGGAAAGUCAGGGAGCUGGUGGACAAAGCCACUAAUGUGGUGAUGAACUACUCAGAGAUAGAGUCUAAGGUUAGAGAAGCUACCAACGAUGACCCCUGGGGGCCCUCUGGACAACUAAUGGGAGAGAUAGCCAAAGCUACGUUUAUGUAUGAGCAGUUCCCAGAGGUGAUGAACAUGCUGUGGACCAGGAUGCUGAAGGAUAAUAAGAAAAACUGGAGAAGAGUGUACAAGGCCUUACUCUUGCUUGCCUAUCUGAUCAGGAACGGCUCUGAGAGAGUCGUCACCAGCGCCAGAGAACACAUCUAUGACCUGCGAUCUCUAGAAAACUAUCAUUUUAUAGAUGAGAAUGGGAAGGAUCAAGGUAUAAACGUGCGUCAGAAGGUGAAGGAGAUGGUGGAGUUCAUCCAGGAUGAUGACAGACUGAGAGAGGAGAGAAAGAAAGCAAAGAAGAACAAGGAUAAAUAUAUUGGAGUCUCCUCUGACAGUAUGGGCGGUGGAGGUGGCAGCUUUAAGAACUCGAAUGAAUUGGAUCGGAAUAAGUGGGAUGAGGACUGGGACAAGAGCAGAGGAGCUUUCCCUUUCAGCGAGAAGCUCGGAGAGAUCAGUGACAAGAUAGGCAGCACCAUCGACGACACACUCAACAAGUUCAGAAAGAAGGAGCGAGACGACUCGCCUGACCGGAUCAGUGACAACGAGGAGGAGAAAGGAUCAAGAAACGGGAGGCAGGAGACGAUCGAAUUUAAAGACGAGGAGGAAACGGUCACGACGAAGAGCAUCCAGAUCACACAAGCGACAGAAACCACGACCACCACCACGAGGAAGCGCAGCGGGGCGGCGAGCAGCAAGACGCUGGACCUGGGGGCUGCAGCACACUACACCGGAGACAAGAGCCCAGAGGAAAAGUCGUCGGCGAAGCAGACUUCCAGCGGUGGACUGGCUGACCUGCUGGUGAUUGACCCUUCAAACAACGAGAGCACAGCGGCGGCAGGGACUUCAGACCUCAUAGGGGGCUUUGCUGACUUCUCCUCACCUGCAGCCUCUGCCAGCCUCCCCACCUCCACCGCUGCUGCCUCUUCCAAUGGAAACGGGGAAUUUGGGGACUGGAGCACCUUUUCAGGAAAUCCUCCCGCUCCAUCUAGCUCCGGUCCUUCGCAGACAGUUACCAACCUGUUUGGCAGCGGACCGUCACCGCCGCCGCCGCCGGCUUCAAACCCGUCCUCUGUCCCCCCAUCUGCUGAACUCUUUGACCUGAUGAGCGGAGUCAGCCAUCAGCCAACCAAUCCCCACACGACGCUCAGUGCUUCCCAGAGCAUGACCUUCUCUCUUGGAGGGGUGACGCCGGGAGGAUCCGUUGCCAUGCCUACGAUGCCACACUCCCACUCUCAACAGAAUUUGGUGGGCAUGGUGUCCCAGCAGCCAAUGGGAUCGCAGCAAAAGGCUGGAAUUGGUAGUCAGGGGUCAUUAGGGUCAACUUGGUCCGACCCGUCCGUCAAUAUCAGCCUGGACUUCCUGUCAGCCGGACUCAACCACACAAAGACACCACCAACUCUGAACAAUAUAAUCCAGCAACAAGGAGUGCCUCCGGUCAGCCUGUUGGCUCAGAGUUUUGGAGGACUAACCCUCAACUCACCACCUCAUGUGGCUCCCAUCAGACCGCCAGCCAAUCCCAUCAUGGCCGGCGGCGCCAUGGCGAUGGGCAUGCCUGCUUCCCUUGGCGUGGGCAUGCCACCCUCGAUGGCCACCGGCCUGCAGAGUGGAAUUCCUGUGAACCAAGGGAUGAUGGGAAUGAACAUGAGCAUGAAUAUGGGCAUGGCCGCCCCGGUGAUGAUGGGUGGCAUGGCAGGGAUGGGGGUGCCAGGAGUGGGAAUGGGCCUGAGCCACUCCAUCAGCCCCGCCGUGGUCCCACCCAAACAAGAUGCCUUUGCUAACUUUGGCAGCUUUGGGAAAUGAAGGUUUGCAGUCAAGUGCGUGUGUGUGUUUGUGGAUGAGGGGGUGAGCAUGAAUGUGUGAAACUGCGAGUAAGCAAACUGCAGAAGGACUUUGCAGUACUUGAAGACAAACCUUGCAUGUUUCACUGUCUGCUUCUGGGCUUUGGUGAGCUGGCGCCGGUGAUUGUUCGCCAUCGGUUCUCACCGAUUCUCUGCAGAAGAAAGCAAAGGUGGAGCGACCGUGUCGGUACAUAACCAUCAUUACUUCCCUUUACUGGAAAAAUCAUUGUCUUCACGAGUUUUUAUACAACCAUACGUUAUCCUCCAUCGUUCAGUUUUUUCUGCACAAAGAAUUCAGUUUAGCUAAAAUGGCACUGAGGCCUUAAUUUUGCAUUGUACAUGAGAAGGUAAUUUUUUUAAAAUCUGAAUUUAACUUUAAAAUUUAAGCCAUUCCAUUUUUACUCCGACUUUGCAAAGCCCUUUUCAGACAUGAAUCAAAACAGUCUGCUUCUAUUUGCUCUUCUGUUUCACACCAAACAGCUCCAUUCAUGCUGAUUUGUUUAUAUGGGCUAGUCAUGUAAAAUUGGCUAUUGGUGUCUGCAGGUCAAAAGAUAAAAAGUUUUUUGGUGCCUGCAUCCAUUUCGUACCCAUAAACAAACCAUUGUUUACCUGUGUACUUCACUUAGUUUUAAUUGUAGUAAAGUAUUUUCAUAAAGUAUAAGCAUAAGAGGUCAUUAAAAUCCUCAAUCGUUAGAAAUAAUUUAAUUAAUUUGGAUAUUAUCUGAAAACUUGGUGUCUAACUCUAUUCGGAUUUAUUUUUUUUUGCUAAAAUAAGAAAUUAUGACCUAUGGUUGAACCAAAUUAACUAAUAAUGGUUGUUGGUACAUAUUGCUUCAUUGGAGUUAUGUGAACACAUUUCUUCACUGUAGAUCAUGAAAAUUACAUGCAAUUGGCAGUUUUCAAAGUGGAUAACAGGAUGUUUUGUAUCUAAAAGGUGGAUGACUCGACAACAACUACAAAGGUCAGAAAUGUUGAAGGGCUGAAAUGAUCAGCACCUAUAAUUACUACAUUCACUCCUUCACCAAGCUGAAACCUGAAAAAGGUUUCACACUCAUGUACUUGAAGCAUGGAAUAUGUUUAUUUGUAAUUUUAGAUAAGAAUUUCCUUGAAUUAUGGAGCUAAAUAUUCAUAAAAAUACUAAAAUGUGCAAAUUUUAAUGUGACUUUCUGUCUUCUUCAUACCACUACCAAGUAUUUUGGUUCUAAACUACAAAAGGUAUGAAUUGGUGAAUUAUUAAGUUAAUUUACAGUUUGCUGCUAACUCAGCUAUAAAAUAUAUCAAGUCCUACAUAAGAUUGUACAAAUUUUUUUAAAAAAUAGUCUGAAAGCAGAAACCUUAGCACCAGUCCCUAAGCUGUUUUAAAACCUGUGUGCUGAAGCGAAAAAUAUUUAGAUGCUGCAUCUUAUUGUUAUAAAGAAAUCCGCUAAUUAAAAUUUUAACGAUGCUUUCGAUUAUUAAAAUGAUGAUGGGAUCUAAAACCAGCAGGACUUUUCCUGCUUGUGUUUUGCCAGGUUAAAGUAAAUUUCUACUGUUUCUGUCUGAAAGGGGCUUUUGAACACCGUUGACCGCCAGCAGGGGGCAGAAUGAAUCUACUUUAAAACUAGUAACAUGCAUUGUUCUUGAUGGAGGAUGGAUGGGGAAAUACAAAUUAACAUCUGAACCCAGACAAGCCCGUUUCUUUUUUCUCUUUUGGCUUAGUCUAAUAUUUUAUUUUUAAUCAGUUUGUUGCAUUAUAAUAUUUGGAGAGGUAAAUCUGAAUGAUUCUUCCGUUUGACUUUCUGAAUGCAUUUAGCACAUAAAGGGCCAGUCAGUAUUUUAUUCAGAGUGCUCUGAUUAUUUUCUAGUUAUGCAACUUGUUCACAUGACUUCACAGAUUUCAGUAAACUAUUCAGUGUUGCUUUCUGACUCACCUACAUUCACAGGGUCUCUAACUGUUUUGCAUACGAACCGUUUUUAUGCAUUGAAGUACAGAAGUAUUUUCCUACCAACUUUGGUGGAAAGAAUUACUCUGAAAAAAAUGUAAGCUGCAACUUUACUUACACGUUUACAGUGGAUUCUGGGAAUACCUCUAACAUUGUACCUUGAGUUGGAAACAUUUUUCUCCUACACUUCAUAACCCAUUGGUUAGAGAAGACGCUCCUCGACAUUUGAUUCAUAUUAAAUAUGCUGGAGUUCAAUCCAAAUGGUUUGGGGUGACAUUUGUGUGCGAAAUGGAUAACGGGCGUUUGUGAGUUUAUGUAUGGGUCUAAGUUUCUUCUGUUUAAUGUACAAACACAGCUAAGCAGAGCCUCUUGUCAUUUUCUGAGGCGCUGCCCUCCAAAUGACCAAAUCUUUAUUUUGUUACUCUCAGAAUUAUAAUUCCAUAGGUUUUAGUUUAAUAUUUUAUUAGUUGUAAGGUUAUGAUCAAAUAAAACUGCAUUUGAAGUGA